UCAUCAUGGUGGCAGUGGCGAGAAGACAGAUUGUUGUGUUUGUUAGGAUCAGACACGCGAUCUGUCGUGCCGAGGGUUUACUCUGGCUCGUGACGGAGGUCUACACGCAUGAUGGCGGCGCGUGGCGUGACGGGGAGGACCUCACACAGACUUCCUCUCCUCCUCCCCGACUACAAUCGUCCUUUGUCCUGUAGCCACACUUGCUGAUGGUUGUUGUGUUGGAGGGAGAGUGCUUGACAUGCAUCGUCUGCCUCUCAUCUUCUCUGUUUACACAUCCACCACAACCCACCCACCACCAGCCUCUACAACACAAUCUACAAUAUAAAAUUGAUAGAUAAACACUUUAAACAAAAGAAUAAACCAGAUACAAAGACCGACUCACGCACACACACAUAUACGCCAGCGCGCGACAUCUCACAACAAUCGUCUCGCUUUGGUUGCCAUGGCAACGCAUCUGCCCAACCAGUCGCCGAAACCAUCGACCGGCGUGAAAGCUGCGGUAGGGAAGCUCGUCUACACAGUCUCCGCCAGCUCCCCUCCCCUCGCUUCUUCCUCCUGCCCCUCCCACACGUCACUUCCUGUUUCUCCCCCUCUACUCCACUUCGUUCCUGACUCCCUGACUGUCGCCAGCGCGCUGCUCCUUCUGCUAUCAUCGUCAUCACCAUCAGCUCCAACGCUAAGGUCGACGAUAAGUUAUCACUCAUCGCCGUCGGGGUUGUCGCGUGCCGCGCGAGCCAGAGUCGACGUCGUGGUUGCCGCAUGUCGCUUCCGCUGCCGGAACCGUUGGACGCUGCGGGUCGCAGCUGCUGCUGAUGUUGUCGUCGUCGUCGUGUGAGGCGGAGGCAGCCGAGUGUGACUGUGACAGAUGUGACCGAGUUUUCUCAGUGGUUGUUCUUGUGAUAACGACACAUCGCGCGGCGAUGAAAUCUCGGAAACUGCUCACAGCCAGCACUUUGAUUGGUGAAGUGAUGCUGUCAGCGACCCCCACUGGACAUCUCUUCUAAUGAACUCGUAACGUCACGUGACAGCCUGCACUUGUCCUGCUCUCAUUGUUGAUGAGUCACGUGCCAAGGUCCAGAGUGAAGACAGGAAGUGACGCAACAGGGAUCCAGCAACAGUGACAAUGGCGCCACUCCCGCCUCAGAGCCAGUACCUUGACGGCAACGUGACUCAUGUAUUGUCGGUCCCGUCCAGCAACAUCGUCAUGAUCAACGGCACGCUCAUCCACAUCAUCCUCAAGAAGCCGUUUCGCGACAGUCAGAUCAACGAGCUGCUCUACGUCAUCAUCGUCAUCGUUUUCUACGCCACGGCCCUGAUGACGCUCAUCAUCACGCAGAUCAAGCGACAGCGACGCGAGGGCAUGGACGUCGACUACUACGACGAGUACCUGCAGCGCAACCAGGAGGUCAAGCGGACCUGCCAGACGGCCACCACCAUUGUCCUCAAGACAGACCGCUCCCCGGUGGGGCCUGGGUCGGCGCUGGUCGUUCCUGCUUCAGGGGUGAGCACACCCGGGGCCACCACCAGCCUUCUUCCUCCUGUCCGGAGGCUGGACUCUUCUCCCAGGUCUGGAGUUCGCCACCAAGGGCUAAACCGAGGAGAGGAGGGAUCCUACACCCCCAACAUCUCUCCUCGGGAGAUAUCCCCCAUGCUGGAGAGCAUCCCAGAUGUAGGGACAUAGGAACCUGUGUGUAUGUGUGUCGUUAUGAAGGGAUGAAGAUAGGGCAAGAUGGAGCUCAGAUGACCUUUGACUGCCUGCAGGAUGGCAGUCUAGAUUUAACAAAGGCUUCUGGGAAGCGAUGUCCAGAAAAAGACGAGCAGAGGCAGCAGCUGUAACAACUGCCAGUAAGAACCUCAUACUGAUGUGUCAUUAAUAUUGAUGUGUCUGUUUAUGACAAACAAUAACAUCAAGAAACUUAUUACAGAAAAAUUGUGCUAACACUAGAGCACACGGUGGAUCCAUCUGUUUUCAUAAAUGAAUGAGCGCCACUGAGCAUGUGGACAGUCAGGAAGACAAAGAGUUCGAUUCUCUAACUUGUUCACUCAUUCCUGACAAGGUACAGUGUCAGUGUGCACAGUGUGCAGCUAACAAACACGUGGACUGAUCACCACUUUACCUGAUGAAACUGUCUCCCUUUCAUUUUAAAUUUUAUUUCCUGGCACAGCCGCUGCUACAAAUCGCCACGUUUUCCACAAACCGUUACCUGCUCUGUCUUUCUCUCUCUCUCUCUGAGGGGGAAGCCGUCUGUAUAGCCCAGGGGAGACAAUCACGCGGCGUCUCGCGGUUACGUUCUCCUAGCUGACUCAUAACCUCAUAACAAAGCUCAGUUUAAUACUUCUUGUUUAUGACUUGUCUGUCUUCGCUCACACAGCAGAAGAAAAAAGUUAAUGAUAAUUUUUAAGCUUGCACAGGCAGGUGAAGUCAUACUGUCUGUCAUCCCAGGGAAAGUGUGGUUGUAGGAGUUGUCAGGACAACUCCGUGGGAAGAGUAAGGAGACUCAAGACAUUAGUGGAAAACAGAACUCUUUCUUUUGUAUGGAUUAAGGCACUAUGGGAGAUAUAAAUUUAUGGACGGUUACAGAUUAUGGGGCAAUGCUACCUUUAAUUUUCUGCGUAUUUUCUGUUGCUUUGACGACCUAUGGAUAUAUAGGUAAUAUAGGUAAUAUGAAGGCUGUAAGUAAUUUUAUCCCACAUGUUUCUCACUGGAGUUUUUUUUCUUUAUAGAGACGAUGGUAAUUGUAAAUUUGUUAGAAUAAAGCUGCCUGAGAGCUUUGAAUUUAAUCAAAAAUGUUGGCGGCUGCAGCAUUCCUGACUUGAAGGGUCAGAGAUUGGAAUGACAUGUGGGUCAACUUGGGAUUUACACAAGUAAAGCCAUCUAUUCAUUAAAAAUUGACCUGCAAUGUAUGUACACAACUGUGCAGAUCGGUGUGCGCAUGUUCGUGCGUGUGUGUGAAGAGCUUUUGUUUGAAAGCGUGAGUUUGUGUAUAUUGGUUAUGUGAGCCUCUGUCAUGUAUGCAUGUCUUUUUUCACGUAAGUGUGUGUGUGUGUGUGCAUGCGUGUGCUCUAGUACAUGCCCGUCUUGUUGCCUGCUUUUUGAGACUGCAGGUUGUGUGAUUAAAACAAGCUGAAUUGAGCUACAUACUUACCUUUAAAGGUUAAUGGAUUAUUCACCUAUUUAACACUUUUAUGUAAUGUUGAAAUGAUAUUCUACUCUUGCAACAGAUUCCAAACAUAAUUAGCAUUUCACUCCACGACCAUCGAUGUCAUCUGACAUCUCACCACGUCGUCUGACAACUCACCACUUCAUGUCAUUUUUCAGGACUCUAUAUUCCUUCACAAAAUUUCUCUACAUGCACUGUUAUUCAGCCCCAGUCAGGCUUCCAGGUCUAAGGGAAAUGAAGUCCUUGCCACAAUACUGGUUGAAAAAUAUUUGUGUUUGAUAAUCAUUGGUUAUUGUUUCAGUUCUGAGGGAGUUAAAAAUUACAUGUAAUUAUUUACCUAGCAGGCACCAAAUAAACCCUGUAUAAAAGAACCUUUUUUCUUACCUACGCAUUGUUGUUUUUUGUUUGGUCAAAAUGUGAUCUGAUAAGAAAACAUACAAUCCACCCUGUCUUUCCAUAUACUGCAAUGUAGACAGUAUUUUCAUUUCGAAACAAUCACGUUUUUAGGUAUUUUGGUUUGUUUGGUUGUCCACUGUCUGAUGUGCCAGGGAAGAUAACUGUCGUUGUUUCUCACACCACAGGAAGGAAAGAGUUACUUCCGUUUGCUUUAGUGUACCUGUUAUGUGACAGCUCGUU